CCGGUGGCGUCACUCCCAGUGCAAAUAUGGCUGCGCCUAGAAGGAAUCUUCUGCAUAGUCAGAGCUGGACAGAUGAUCUCCCUCUCUGCAACCUUUCUGGGGUUGGAUCUGCUUCCAAUCAGACUUACAACUCAGAGGGCCUUGGGAAAGACGAGCACCCAUAUGAAGAUAACUGGAUAAAGUUCAGGGGCGACAAUAAUAUUUAUCUUUAUGGAGUGUUUAACGGGUAUGAGGGAACCAGAGCCACCAGCUUUGUGGGUCAGCGGCUUGCAGCAGAACUACUUCUGGGCCAGUUGGACCCUGAUGUCACAGAUGCAGAGGUCCACAAAGUAUUGCUACAGGCAUUUGAUGUUGUUGAAAGAAGCUUUCUGGAGUCCAUCGAUGAUUGCUUAGCAGAAAAGGCCAGCCUACUGUCCCAACUUCCAGAGGGUACUCUGCACCAAACACUUCCAAGCCAGUACCAAAAGAUUGUGGACCGGCUUAACAUACUUGAGAAGGAAAUAUAUGGGGGAGCCAUGGUCAUUGUGGUGCUUAUUGUGAACAGCAAACUUUAUGUUGCAAAUGUCGGAACAAACAGAGCACUUUUGUGUAAAUCAACUGUAGAUGGGCUUCAAGUGACUCAGCUCAAUGCUGACCACACUACGGAAAAUGAAGAUGAGAUAUUGCGUCUGUCUCAAUUGGGGCUGGACACUACAAAGAUUAAACAGGUGGGGGUUAUUGGAGGCCAGCAAAGCACUCGCAGGAUUGGAGACUACAAGGUCAAGUACAACUUCAAUGACAUUGAGCUGCUAAGCACAGCCAAGUCCAAGCCUAUUACUGCAGAGCCAGAGAUCCAUGGCUGCCAGCCAUUAGACGGUGUCACAGGAUUUUUGGUUCUAAUGUCUGAAGGACUUUACAAGGCUCUCGAGUCAGCCCAUGGGCCUGGACAGGCCAACCAGGAAAUAGCAGCCAUGAUUGCCACCGAGUUUGCCAAGCAGGUUUCUCUGGAUGAAGUGGCACAGGCUUUGGUGGAGAGGGUAAAACGGAUUCACCAUGAUACGUUUGCAAGUGGUGGCGAACGGGCAAAAUAUUGCAGUAAGCACGAAGACAUGACGCUACUUGUGCGGAACCUGGGCUACCCGCUUCAGGAGAUCAGCCCCCCCACACUCACGCCCACUCAAGGUGGACGUUUAUAUCCAGUGUCUGUGCCAUAUUCCAGUGCUCAGAAUACCAGUAAAACAAGUGUCACACUGUCACUGGUGAUGCCAUCACAGGGUCCAAUGGUGAAUGGAACAAACAGCAGCUCAACACUGGAUGGAACAACGUCAACACUGCAAUCUCCAAGUGCUACUCUCCAGUCCACCAACACUCACACUCAAAGCAGCAGUUCCAGUUCUGAUGGAGGCCUGUUCCGAUCUCGCCCAUUGCCCUCUUUGCAGCCAGAUGAGGAUGGCCGCGUGGAACCCUACGUUGACUUCACAGACUUUUACCGGCUUUGGAAUGCAGAGCAUAAUGAUCCGGGGACUCUGCUCACUGCACAGUGACACGAACAUUAAUUACUAAACUUCCCAACAUGUCAAUGAAGAACAUCACACAGGGACCCUCAAACUCUUGGACAUCUCACAUCCCUCUUGUCCAGAGACUCCUAGGAACCCAGCGAGCCAUUUGUGUUCUGAAACAGUACUUUCUUCUGAGCAUGGGGCAAAAUCAUAGACCAGAGGACACUGAGCAUUUGAUUAUCCUUGGCCCUAAAAUCUCUGACCUAACGGUAAUCACUUCCAUUGCAGUGUAUGAGCUACAAAGUGCUUCUUUUUGGCUUACGACUGGGGUAUUACAAGACAUUUUCAGCAAACAUAGGUAUGGAUGGAGCACAUAACUCGCAGACUCUGCCGCAAAUAAAUAUUUAUUGACUCACAACA